AUGAUGGAUAGUCUAUGGGAUGAUGAUCUUCAGAAAGCGAAAUUUGAGGCUAAGGAAUUGAAACAAUCACUCAAUAAAGUACUUUCCGAGUCCAAUGAUGCUAAUGUCAAACGCUACGAAGCGGCUAUUAGGAGUAAAUUGGCCUUGUUCGCAAAGACAAUUAGUGAUUUGGAAGGGUUGGUCAAAGAGACUGAUACCCCUGAUUUCACCAAACUUAAUCAAUUAAAUGAAUUGUAUACUAUUAAGACUGAGGCUGAAACUUAUUUGAAAAAAUACUCACCAAUGCCCAUACAAGUAAAUUGUCCUCAGGAUCGCACAAUCGACAUUAAUGAUGACGAAAUUUUGGCCAGUAGACAUGCCUUGCUGAUGGAUCAAGAUGUGCAACUGAAUUCUCUCGAUGGUAGUGCCACUAAUAUUAGAAAUUAUAGCGCCAAUAUUCGUGACGAAGUUAGCCUUCACAGUCGAUUGUUACAGAGUACGAAUGAAGACAUGGAUAAUGCCCAGGAUCUCAUUAAUCGAAACUACAGGAUAUUUUCAGAUGUUGUGAGAAGGAGUAGUAAAAGGUGGUUAUAUUUCGUCAUCGUUGCCCUGGCUGCCAUCUUGAUGAUUCUCAUAUUUGCCCUCUAA